AUGUUGAAAACAGGGUUCCAUUGUUGCCAGACGAUCGGGCAGGUCGAUUCGAAAAGUCGGCGCCGCCUGCAUUACCCGUUUUGCCGUCACCACAGUAAAAAAGAGGUUUUUUAUCACUUGCGUUGGGGUCAGCGUUCGGUCUUCGUCGACCAGUGGUUCGUCUUUCGUCUCAGCAAGAAUCGAUUCUCGCAGAACCAUCACCGAAGCCUUCUGCUGAGAUCCCCGGCUGACAGAAGAUGGUGCUCGACGACAUCGACUUGGGCCGUGACCGCAGUCAUCUCAUCGACCUCAUCUACGGUGUAAGUACUCUAAAUAUUCGAAGCAAUAAAAACACAAACUAAUUCCAAAUAUAAAAAAAAACAUAGAGCAGUGGCUAAUGGGAAGAUGAAUUUUUGUAUUGUAUAAAACACGGAUGAAGCUUCUGAAAACUCUCUACAUUCUGUCCAAUAAUCUUGCGGGAGUUUCUGAUAAAGCAAUUAUGCAGCAAAGGUCUGGUCUUCUCUGGAAAAAAAACCAGAAAAAGGCUCGUCGCGGUCGACACAUUGAUAAAACUUUAAUAUCUUAUUUAAAACACCCAGCAAAGAUUUUAGAACUGAAAUUGGUCAAUUUUAGCUCUUUGCAUUCUCAUUGUCAGAAUUCGAGAGGCAAAACCAUCCAACUAACAAAUACUGAUUAAUUAACCAAGGGAAUGGUAAUGGAAAUAUUUUAAAAACAUUAUAAUGAAAACAUUUUAAAAUAAUUUUUGAAAGUGUGUAUGCGAAAAUGCGUCAAGAACAGUGAACCCUCAAACCUCGUAAAUCGACACAGACGGCACAUUUUUUUAAACACUUUUUCAAUAUCUACUUCUAGAAUCCUUCGCUUAAAACUUUCUUCAUUUAUUCUUUUUUUUUUCAGAAACAUGAACCUGCCGAAAGCGUCACGCCUUCAGUUGAUACAAUAAAGGCUCCAUUGACAGAAAAAAACAGAGACCAAAGAAGGUGUUUUUCUUUUUUACAAGAUUUUUGUUUCUUCAACUCGUUCGAUCUUCUCGUUGAACUUGCAUUUUUUGGUUUUUUAUAUUACCAGCGGUUUAAAAAAAACUAUCAUUCCUUCGAAUCAGAAAAGAAAGAAUUGUUAAAACAACAUUCUAUACGUUAUUCGUUCCUUUUCAACCUAUACUGACCAAUGUCUCAACGAAUAAUGAGUUAGCGCAGAGAAUUAUUCAAAAACGAGGGAAAUUGGAAGAGGAAAUAGAAUUUACGAUUUUCCACUGCAUCUCUCUAUAGAGCUCUACAAAAGAGCCGUUUUAGGUAUGAGUUUGAUGAACAAAAGUUAAAUCAAAUUUAACAGUAGCUUAUAAACAGAUUUUUUUCUGAAAUAAAAAAAUGAGGUUUGAAUUAUGUGGAUAUUUGUUAAAGAAAUUCCUAAGCGAAAACUCGUCAUAAACCCGAAAAUGGGUCGCUGUUCUCGCUUCCAAAGUUUUUUCAUGUUUAUGGGAACAAAAGACUUUUGAAACGGGGAAAAUCAUUGAAUUUAGUUUGUUCAUUGAUUGGAAGUUAUCUUCAAACUAGUAAAUGAUCGAGGAGUUCAGUUUUUAUAGUUUUUUUUUGAAGUUCUCGAUAGCAAAGUUUGAAAUUUACGAAUCUUUCUCCGUUUCUGUCACAAAACUGCGCAGGUACAGUAGUGAUUUAUGUGUCGUAUUACCUUUAACCUUUUUCGCUAUUUCGAGAACAGUUUUUGAAACUCAUUGUUCUUUAUGCAAGUAUGAAAAAUCUCUCAAUAAAAGCGAGACGAUUUCGGAAAUGUUUUCCUUAACUUUUGAUAAAUUUGAAAUCAAAAUUUUUUUGAAGUAAGGAUGUUUAAUAUACAAUUUGUUGAUUUUUGCAGAAAGGAGUGACCUGCUCAAAAGGCAAAUGCAUAUUGCUUUUUCCUGCUUGUACUCGCCGCAAUCGCGUUCUCCGCCUUCGCCGCCUAUUGGUUCACGAAACAAGGCUUUGAGGGCCAAAUAGCACAUCUUCACCACGAAGCCCAGCACGUCCACAAAAACAAGUCUCGAUAAAUUGUUUUUGUUUAUAUGAGUCGAGAAAAACUUCCUUCUUGUUACUUUUAUAAACAAAAAUUAUUUUUAGGGUUUGGUAGAAAUUUCAUUAACGAAGAAAAAACAUGAUGGUGCGAAAACUUAAUGUUGGAACUAUAAUUAUUUUGGUUUUUAUUUGAAUUUACAAGAAAGGAGCUUUUGUCAUUUUUUUUUUCUAUUUUGCAAGUCUUCAUUUUUUCGAGUUCUUUACUUUCAAUUUUAAAUUUUUCCGAACGACUUUGAGUAUUAUUUAACUCUUUUUCAACUGGGUUAAGUGAGAAACAAAAUAUGUCUAGGUUGAACUUUUUGAAAAAACGGACUCGAUCACAAGGGUCAAGAUUGAGUUUGCGAACGUUUUUUCAAUUUUACUCUAGUUUGAAACCGACAUUGAAAAAUGAGAUUUUCUAGAAAUUUCCAAUUUUGUAGGACCACGCCCACGAAACAGGCCUUGGUGCAAUUUACCGAAGAUGACGAAGGCGAAGCCCCAAAAGAACCGACUCGAGAGGAGCUUUCUUUGCCGAAAACUCUGGUUCCACAAUGGUAGACUCUAAUUUAAAAAAGAAUAUGAAAAAUCUCAAACGAGUAUUUUCUUCCAGGUACAAAGUGAGCUUAGACAUUACUUCUGCGGAAAAACUUGCCAGCAAAUCGGCCGAUGGAGUACUGCUGAUGAAAAUCAAGGCUGAAGAGAGCACUGAUAAAGUUUUUGUAAUAUAUGAAUUCCUCUCUGAUCACACUUUCCUGCAGAUCAUCCUGAACGCAAAAGACAUCAAGUUCCCGAAAAAUCUCGAUAAAAUCCAAAUUUCUCAGGCUAACCACGAAGUAUUCUGGAUCGAGAAGCCUUUUCUAUUCUAGUUUUUUCGCAGAUACCAAAAAGAGAGGCUAACGAAAGCUUGUCGACUGGUCUUGAAGCCAAGGACUUCGAAGAACAACAGCCAGAACUGAAAGAUUCCGGGAUUCACGUGAAGAGCAUCGACGUCGACGAAGUUCUGGAGAAGGCGACGAUUCAGUUGGACGGAAAACUGGAGAAAGGACAGGAAUUCGUUGUCAAGGUGCGUUUUUUCGCUCUCAAUUAGGAAUCGGGUUUUGAAAUUCAUGCUUGAAAACUUGUAGAGAGUUUUGAGCGAACUUUGAAUGAAAAAAAGAUGUUGAUGAAAUUGAAUAUUUGAAAAAGGUCGAGUAUAACUUUUUUUCUCAAUGUCUUUUUGGAUUACCGUAGUUUGAUAUUGUCCGUUUUGCGAACUUUGGGCUGUUGGAUAUUUUCAUGUUCACAACAAAGCUGACGUUUUUUUUUCAGAAGUUCUCGGGGAAAUGAGUUAAAAUAACUUAUAUUCGGUGUAAGCGGCGACGUAUUAUUUUGAUUAAUUUCGUGUCAUCUUUGCCGCGCCUUGAUACUGUUGGAGUUCCUUUUAUUUUUUCAAUUUCGGCGUCGGUGAGGGAAAAGAAGAGACAGACAUGCCAGGCUUUUUCUAUGAGUGAAGAACGGGUUAACUUCGAGAAAUUUCGUUCGUCGUAGAUUUGAACAUUUUGAACUUGGUUUUUUGUGACACUGCGUAUUUACUCAAUCGAGUGUUGCAGAUUCCAUUCAACGCUCAGCUGAAUGGCACAAACGGCCUUCACAUAUUCGACUAUCAAGUGAACAAUGAAACCAGGUUUGAUUUCUCUUUUGCCUCGUCGAAUCGCAACGUCAUUGAAGGACGAUUCUUGCCACACGCCCACGAUUCGCCUACCUUCGCCAUGUUUUCCCCAGUUUCGACGAGGAAUCCUUCGCGGUGCGCAAGUUUAUCGAGAAGAAUAAAAUAAAAGAAGUAUACUGCCCUUUUGAAAGUUCCUUAAAAAAUGGAGAACCUCUGGUGACCUCAAGAAGGUCUCUUAAAGUUUUUUUUUUCUUUCAGAAAGGGAAAAAUAGGUGUGGCUGCAACAGAACACCUCGGUACGAUUUUGUUUUGGAAGAUGCGACUUUUACGAAAAAAAAAAUAAGGGAAUGUUUCCAAAGGCUAUCCUUAGGUCUACCUAAGGACAAUUCUCAUGAAUAAGCGAAACUUAUAUGCUUUUAUUUCGACCUAUAUAUAUAAUGGAAAUUACGGAAAAUGGUGCUGGUUGAAGAAGGGAGAAUAUUAAGUCUCUCUCGAUUUCAUUAUUCAAAGGCCUAUUUUUUUGUUGAAAAGUUGAAAUUCGUAGGCUCUCUCAAAAUUAUUUAUUUGAUGGAUAUUUACUGCAAAUUUACCCGGAAGGGAACGCUUGACCUUUCUCCUUAUCUUUCUAAAUUUUCCGACCGGUGACAGGGCGUUGUAAUGCCAGUGAACUUAUGUGGCAGAUAUUUUUGAACCUGUUUUAGUUGUCUCCGAAAAUCGGCUGAAAGUUAUAACUUUGCAACAGUUCAAAUUCAUCUUUUCUGCCAUCUUCUCAACUUAAAUUAGCACAGAAGAAUGUCUUGUUUUAUGGACUUUCAAAAAGUAUUUGAAAGUGUCGAAUAAAAAGCAUCAUUUUCUUCCGUUUAGGCUCCGACAAAGUUCAGUUUCAUCCAUGACGAGAAAUCAAACAUCAUUGCGAAUGUCGAUUUGGAAUCAAAAGAAGAGUGAGAUUUCAAACUAGACAGUUAGACAAACGAAAACAUUCCAGAAACCGAACUUCUCUGCAGCCAACAAUAGCUCCUGAUUUUGUCGUCGGGCAACUGGAACGAAAAGACGCGCAGACGUCUAGUGGAGUAAAGGUGUGUAGUGCUGGACCCGUUGGCGUAGCGCAACGGUAGUGCGCUGGUCUGACGUUGAGCCAGAUGUGGGUUCGAUUCCCCUCGCCGCCGCGCGAUGAAUGCUAACCAUCUUUCGGGGCAUAAGUCUAUUGAUGAUAAAUUUCUAAUUUGCUGAGCGCAUCUUUUGCAUUUUAUACCAUGACAAAUUUUUUCUUUGAGCCAUAUCUUUGAACCUAAAUUUUUCUUUGAGCCAUUUUGGUCAGUGAUCGUCGGGUCACUACAGUCUCAAGUUCAUAAAAAUCUUUAUUUCGUCGGGUCAGUGGUCUGUGCCGCAGGAUAACUACAGUCAGACACAUGUUCUUUUUUGCGAAUAACUAGAUUUUCGAAUGUUUAAAGAUAGAAAAUCUUUUGUCUAUAUUUUUGAGUUAAGUUUCCAUGUUUACGAGAUUUCUAUUUUUUUUUUCCACAGGUCACUAUUUGGUCUCGAGAAGAAACAAAUCGCUGGAAUCAAACAAACUUCGCUUUGAAUUACGCCCUCGAGGCUAUUGAUGCUUUGGAACACAUCCUUCAGUCAAGAAUGCCUACGAAAGAACUGGGUAACCAUCCAAAACUAAAUUAUUGAUAUGAAAGAACCUGGUAGAUAUUGUGGCAAUCCCAAAUAUGGGCGUUGGAGAUCGAGUGAGCGAAGGACUCAUCAUUCUUCCGGAGUCGAGGCUCGCUUUCGAUGAGACAAACGGAGAUUUUCUUUCCAAAGCGGCUGUUGCUAAAGUUUUGGCCAAUAGAAUUGCAGCUCAGGUGAACAAAGAAGGGAGAUAAUUUUUGAAAAAGGUGAUCUUUCAGUGGUUCGGAGGAGUUACGAAUCCGACGGAAUUUGGCGCUUUUUGGCUCAAUCACGCGUUACCUAAGUACUUAGAAAACUCCGUUCUUGAACGCACUUUUGAACUCAACGCAGUAAGAUCUGAAAUUGUAACCAAAAAAAUUAUUUGAUUAGGACGACAUUUGGCGUCUGGAGACAGAAAAAGUCAUGGAACGAGAUUCGCGUGCCAACUCUCAGCCUUUGAAGAAUCACAAUAUAUUCUCGUCGGCGCAGUUGGGCAACGUUGACCAUUGGCUUUCUGCCAACAAGGUUAGCCCACCUGGUUAUUUUCUUUAUCAAAAUGUUCUAAGGGAGCCGCGGUUCUUCGAAUGUUGUGCCAAGCCGUCGGAGAGGACACUUCAAAAAAAGCUAUCCGAGUAAGUCUUAUAUUUUUCUGAUUACCUGGAGAUAAACGCAUUGAGUUCAAUAAUUCAGCUUCGGAGUUCAAAGAAAUGAAUAAUUUCCGUAUUGAGGUACUUUCAGAGCUUUAAUGUUUAUUUUUGAGAACUUUUUUUUACAGAGUAUAGUUUCGAUGUUAUUUUUUAGCUCGAAGUUCUUAUCUUUUAUUCUGAUGACGUGAAUAUAAAUAUUUAAUACUUGGCUCGAAGGCUUUUUUCUGAAGUUUCUGUGCGCUCUGCUUCUCUCAGAGAUUCUUAUCCUUUAUCUUAAAUACAAUUAUAGAAAAAAAAUUUUGAGAAGAUAAAACUUUCAUAGUUUAUCCUUUUUUCAUUCGACGAAACCCCAAUAUUCAGAGCUUCGUCGCUUCUCGCCGCACUUCACAACCAUACGAUGACUCUCUUUGGAGCGCCUUUCAGAAAGUUCUUCCGAAAAAUGUAUUAUUAGUGAUGAAAAAGAAGUUGUAUAUCGGUUUUAGCUCAAAUCGUGGGAUGGGAAACCAUUGGACGUGGCUAAAUUCGUCGAUACCUGGGCCAAUCAAGUUCUCAAAACGUCAUUAACCAACUCAUUAAGAUGUUUCAGAUGGGCUUCCCAGUGAUUAAUGUUCGACGACUAGACGAGAACAAUAUUGAAUUAACGCAAGAGAGAUUCAAGGUGAGAACUUUGAAUUAUAAAAAAGAAACAUUUGGAAAAAUCCCUUGCUAGACCGAUAAUCUAACUCCUGAACAAUGGAAGUUCCGCAACGCUCGCUACUGGUACAACUGGGAGAUCCCGGUGACGGCCGAAGUCAACGGAAAACCGACUGGCUUGAAAUGGCUCCACGAAGGUGCUCCACGGGGAUUGUAAACGCAAAGAACUCCUUCUCCAGCCUACCGUAUGCCCCUGAACGAAUCGGAUCGGCUGGUUCUGAAUCCUGACGGCGUCGGAUUCUACAGGGUCAACUACGAAGCUCCGAUGUGGCGAGACUUGGUCAAGCAACUGAGGGAGGAUAACACGGUAAAAGCCGUCGCGUUCAUAAAUUCAACAUUUCUUGUCGUUUUUGAAACAAAGAGACAAAUUACGAAAAAAAAAAGUCCGUUAAAGCAUUCUUCGAUGAGAAACGGUGCUUCAAAGACCGUUUGUCAGAUCGCUGCGCAAAAAAACUAUUAUUUCCGUACCUCUUUCUUAGAAAGUAUGUAGUUUUGCAGGUUGUAAACUUGUAAACUUGCAGGUUGUCAAUUUCAAGAUCAAAAAAGAUCUAGCACAUUAAAUGAAACUUGAAAUAGCCAAUGAAUCGGCUUCAUUUUCUUUUAUUAAAUUGCGAGAUCGGGCUUUCAGCAGCUGAAAACUCCGGCAAAGGCUCGUCUCGUUUCUGACGCUUUUGCGCUGGCUUUUGCCGGGAAAAUCCCCUAUGAGGUUUUGAAUAGCUCUCUUUUCGCUGAUUAUUCCUUCUAGACGGCGCUGAACAUCUCUCAAUACCUUCCAAAAGAAUCCGACGCUUUGCCUUGGGCCAUCGGAGCUGAACAACUCGGCAACUUGGCGCGACUCGUCGAGGAUUCUUCCCUUGAAGACAAAACCUACGUCUGAAACUACAGAAAAUGGUUUAUUGCGAAGGUUUCCUUUUUCAGAAAUUUAUCACCGACAAGACCACUCCAAAGUUCCAGUCCCUCAAGUAUAACAACGACGACGACAAGGAUUUUGCGGACGGGUUCGUUCACUUUUGGAUAGUUAGAAAAAACAGUCAAAGGGAUGAAGUCCAGAAACUACAGUAACUGCGCAGUUUUCCAUUACUUAUUGAUGCGGAAACAUUGUUUCAGAAAAAGCAAAAUUCUGGUUGAAAAAAGGUUUUUUAAAAAUUUCUCUUGCAGAUUAAAUCUUAUUUGGCGUUGUCGUUUUUGAAUUCAGCAAUUUUUUUUUCUCUUUUAGUAUGAUUUUCGAAAAACGAGGAUAUAAGACUCGAUUUUGAAGGUUUUUAGAAAAAAAUUUUCUUUCUGGUGAAUAAGUAUUGAUUUUCAAUUUUUCGAAAUGUUUUUUUUUUUCUGGUUUCAUCACAAUAUUCAUCCGUUUUUCAGAGCCUUAUUGACCAAACUUGCCCAAGUGCAGUGCGAUAUUGAGCCGCGUAGCUGCAACGAAAAGUUUGGCGACAUUUUUCAGAGCGACUUCUUCCAGAACUGCGUCCCGGACGUCACAAUGUCGAGUGAGUGCUCGAGGUGAGAAGAUUCGCAUAAGUUGAAUGUAGAAAAUUCAUUUUUCAGAGUUCCUAUGUCAGUUAGAAACGUCGUUUACUGCAAUGGUGUUGGCUAUGCCGACGAUAAUAUGUUCGAUCGAUUCCUCAGACUUUCCCAAAUUGAAGUUUGUUAAUAUUUAAUGCAUCAGAAUCAUCUAGUGGACUCUUUUGUUAUCUUUCACUACAUAGAGAUUUUCUAAAAACGGACGCGGACGGAAAUAAAAAUUAAAUCUUCCAACUCUCGAGCAAUAAUGUCAUAUUCGUGUGCUUUACUGAUGAAAAAUUUCAAUGAGUUUUUGGAAAUGAUUAUAAAUUCUUGAUUUUCUCUGUGAAGCAAGUUUGUAUGAAAUUCAAGAGCUCAAUUUAGUGAGCUUCAUUUUUGACAAUUUUUUCUCAGCUUAAUACACAAUCUCGUUGUGGAAAAAGACUCCUCCUCCAAAUUUCGAUAUAUAAAGUUAUUUCCAGACGGAUCCAUCUGAAAAAGAACGUCUUUUUGUGAGUCUGGCUUGCAGUCGCGACCCACGUCUUCUGAAGAGGUAAGUGUAAUUAAUAUGAUGUCAUUCACUUACUAGGAAUAUGAGAUGAUCAAAAAAGUGGUGAUUAUCGUGAUUGAAAAUGCAGAGCUCUGAGAAAAGCGCUGAACGGCACGAACGAAAGAGAUUUGGUGACUCUGCUGCGGGAAAUGAACUCGCAACCCGUCGGCUUUGAAGUCGCCGCCAACUUUGUCAUCGACAAUUGGAAGAUCAUUAAAAACAGGUCUGUUGAAUCAAUAUUCUCGGAAUAAAAUCAGUCAAGGGAAACUAAUCUUCAAGGGAUCUUUUCUCAGUAUCUUCGUUCAUGCUGAAGACAAUAAGAAAUGUUUCAGAUUUGAAGACGAUCCAGAAGCGCUCAACGACAUUGUAGGAGCCGCAGUGGAGCUGAACAACGAAAGGCAACGAGAUACGGUACCGAGAAGAAUGUUAUCCAGUUUCGCCAACUAUAGAUUCUCAUAGAUCGGGCACUUUGUCGAGCGACAUCGCAAGAGCACGGCCAACGUCGGAAUCUUGCGCAAAAAGCUUGAAGAGGUGACGACGAAGAUCCACUGGCGGAAGAUGUUCGGCGACGACGUCGAGCAGUACCUCGACGGACGGAUGAAGCCGCUGGAGGUCGUGGAGGACGACGACGAGUAG